AUGACGCCGGAGAAAUUGCAAGUUGAACAUGAAGAUAGAGCUUCAGCUACCGACGGAACCCACGAGAUGACCAUUGAUCAUCAGGCCGAGAAAAAUCUCGUCCGCAAGCUGGACAGAUGCAUUGUGCCCACCGUCAUGAUUGCUUAUCUUUUAUGCUUCCUCGACAGAACUAACAUUGGAAACGCCCGCCUCUUUGGUCUUGAGCAAGAACUCGGGUUGGUUGGCUCCCAAUACCAAGUGGCUGUGGCAAUCCUGUUUGUUCCCUAUGUCCUCGUCGAAGUCCCCAGCAACCUGAUCCUAAAAAAGUUCACUCCCUCAAAGUGGCUCGCAUUCAUCACGGUCGGCUGGGGCAUCGUGUCUACUUUGACGGGAGUUGUGCACAGCUAUGCAGGACUUCUUGUGGUUCGUGUGCUACUGGGCCUGUUGGAAGGUGGCCUUUUUCCUGGUCUUACGGUCUAUUUGACUCUUUUCUACACUAAGAAAGAAAUCGCCCUUAGAAUUGGGUAUUUAUUCGUCAGUUCCGCCUUGGCCGGGGCCUGCGGUGGUCUUCUGGCUUAUGGGAUAGGUUUCAUGGAUGGAGUUGCAGGCGUGCCUACAGUGGCUUUUGGGGUUGCCUUGUACUUUGUCCUUGCUGACGAUCCCCAUACUGCAUGGUUUCUCAACAAAGAUGAGAGACAGCUUCUCGUAGCUAGACUGCAGCGUCAGACUGGUUUCAGCGAGGAGUUUGAUAAAAAGGAUGCUAUUCUGGCGGUCAAAGAUUGGAAAACUUGGUUAUUUGCAGCCGGCCAGUUUGGCGUCAACUCGAUGCUGUAUAGCUACUCUGUCUUUCUUCCCUCUAUUAUCCGAGGCCUUGGACAAUGGACUGCCCCUCAGGCUCAGGCUCUGACUGUUCCUUGCUAUGCUCUAGGUGCCACAAGCUACUUGAUUGUAGCAUGGGUUUCCGACCGCCAUCAGCUCCGUGGGCUGUACCAGGUGAUAUUUGCCUCGAUAUGCAUUAUUGGCUACGGCCUAUCCAUCGCAGAUGUUGGUUCUGCAGCACACUAUACUGCGACCUUCAUCAUCUCUUUGGGUCUAUUCGUUGCUGUUGGGCUGCCUCUGGCCUGGUUGCCUUCCAACAAUCCCCGAUAUGGAAAACGUACGACUGCUUCGGCAAUUCAAAUCACGAUUUGCAACUGCUCGGGAAUUUUAGCACCAUUUUUGUACCCUACAAAGGACGCGCCCCGAUACACGAUGGGCUACGCCGUGUCUAUUGGGCUGCUCGGUUACGGGAUCUUCAUCUAUGGCUUCAUGUCGCUCUAUCUAAACCACGUGAACAAGAGGCGCAGGGCUGGAAAAGAGGAUCACAAAAUCGCCGGAAUGUCCGAAGAGGAGAUCAACGCUCUCGGUGACAGAAGCCCGAGAUUUAUGUAUACAAUUUGA